AUGACCACCACCACCAUCAUCGCCUUCAUCAUCAUCACCAUCACCUUUAUCAACAUCACCAUCAACAUCACCAUCAUCAAUAUCACCACCAUCACCAUCUUCAUCACCACCACCAUCUUCAUCAUCACUAUCACCAUCAUCAACAUCACCACCAUCUUCAUCACCAUCAACAUCAUCAUCGCCACCACCACCAUCUUCACCAUCACUAUCACCAUCAUCACAUCACCACCAUCACCAUCUUCACCACCAUUUUCAUCACCACCAUCUUCAUCAUCACUAUCACCAUCAUCAGCAUCACCACCAUCACCAUCUUCACCACCAUCUUCAUCACCACCAUCUUCAUCAUCACUAUCACCAUCAUCAGCAUCAUCACCAUCUUCACCACCAUCUUCACCAUCACUAUCACCAUCAUCAGCAUCACCACCAUCACCAUCUUCACCACCAUCUUCAUCACCACCAUCUUCAUCAUCACUAUCAACAUCAUCAGCAUCACCACCAUCACCAUCUUCAUCACCAUCUUCAUCAUCACUAUCACCAUCACCAUCUUCAACACCAUCUUCAUCACCACCAUCCAUCACCAUCACCAUCUUCAUCACCAUCUUCAUCACCACCAUCUUCAUCAUCACUAUCACCAUUAUCAGCAUCAUCACCAUCUUCACCACCAUCUUCCCAUCACUAUCACCAUCAUCAUCUUCAUCAUCACUAUCACCAUCAUCAGCAUCACCACCAUCACCAUCUUCAACACCAUCUUCAUCACCACCAUCGCCAUCACUACCACAACCAUCAUGA